CACUGCACUUAAGCAACAAGCUAGUGCAGACGACCCUCGAUAGUACCUAUCCAGUCGAUCAGCUCGGAGCUCUCUGAUCGAUUCUAUUACAAGCUGCGGAAAUCUGCUGGUUUUGAUCGAUCGGGUAAGGAUGGACGGCGGUCUGGUGACGCAGAUCAUCAAUGUCCUGAACAGCAUCAGUACCAUGAUGAUGAAGGUUCCAAAGAACAAGAAGAAGUGCAGAGAGAUGCGUGGCCUCAUGGACGCGCUGCGCGAGGAACUGGAACCGCUAACCGAGGGGGUAAUGGACACCAGCGUGCAAGCAGCUUUACAGCGUUUCAAGGACACCCUGGUGAGCACGGAGACGGAAGUGAAGAAGCUCCAAGAUGGCAACGACUUGGUCCAAUUCUUUCAGGCCAAUCGCACGGCCGCUAAGCUGAACCAGCUGAGACAAGAUUUAUCACAGAGUAUGCUUCACUCUGCCCUCGUUGCCAGCGUCAGCACCACCAACCAGUUUCGCAGGAUGGAUCAGAAAAUAGAUUACGCUAUUUCUCUCCUUGAGUCUCUGCAAUCCAAGCAUCGCACUGAUGAUUCAACUAACGAUGCUACAAAUCAAAACAAAACGUCCACAAGAAGAGCAGGUUUACGCGACUACAGUUGGUCUGAUUUGGAUCGUUGCAAAACAUCGUCAUCACCAAUUUCUCAAAGUAACCAAAGUGCUGUCUACAAGGGUGAAUUAUACAAGAUGUCAGUUGCAAUCAAGGAAUUUCUUAACGUUAAGACAGGCACCAAGAAACGCUUUGUUAAUGAGCUUAGAAUGAUUUUGAAGCUCCGGCAUAGAAACAUUGUUGAAUUUCUGGGAUAUUGCUUUGAAAGCGAUGAUAUUUUGGUGGUGGACCAAGGCAAAUCGUCUGUCGAAGUUCAAGAAAAUCGUCAGCUUUGUUUUGUCAGCAGAUACAUGUCCAAAGGAAGCAUGAUCAGAGUUACUGAAGGGAAAGAACGUUUUAAAUGGCCCACUGUUUUCAAGAUAAUCCAAGGAAUAGCCGACGGUGUGCACUACAUGCAUAAGGAACGUGUUGUUCACUUGGAUCUGAAGCCAAAAUCGAUUCUCUUGGACGAUAAUAUGAUUCCUAAGAUCAAUGAUUUUGGUACAGCAAAGGAGUUAGGCCCUGAAGAUGUGAUCCGUCUCGGUGUGAAAACCUUACCUGGCCUGGAGAAGCGAUAUAGGGCUCCAGAACUAUCUCUAGAUGAACCUAGAGCGUCAACCAAGUCCGAUGUGUACUCCUUUGGUGUCAUGCUCCUUGAGACCAUUAGCCACAUGUGCGCUACAACAAAGGAACAUAACCGUCUUCCGAGUAGCCAUGAAGAAUGGAUUAAUAGGAUACAGCUACAGCCGGAAAAUGAAUUCACGAAUUUAUUCGACAAGAAACUGGUAACUGACCAGUACGUGGCGAUGGCAACAAAGUGUGUGCUUGUCGGGGUGCUGUGCUCUCUUCGUGAUCCCAAACACCGGCCGUCCAUGCAGCAGGUUGUUUCCAUGCUUGCUACGGGGGAAGCAGGCAGCACUAGGACAUCGCCGCAGGACAAGAAUCAAGGGUACACCGUUUUUACUCAAGACGUCCUGGAAACCCAGCAAGAGUUUGAUAUUGAUGCGAUCUCCAAGGCCCUGGGCAUCCAGCCUGGAGUCGCCGAGCUCCUGCUGCAGAACUACGACUGGUCGAUCGUAAGGGUGCAGACAGAGUGGCAGCAGCAGCAGCAAGACGACGACCGCCCCGACAAGCUCCUCAACGACAUGGGUCUGACAAUCGAUGCCGCCAUGAAGCCCGUGAAGCCGAGCACCCAAGUGAGGACCUGCAUGAAAUGCCGCGGCUCUUUCAACGCAGGGCUGCUCAUGUCGCCCGGCUGCUCUCACUACUACUGCAACGGGUGCUGGAGCACGCACCUGGAGGACGAGCUGGCGAACAAAGGCGUCCAGCACUACUUGCCGCUGCGGUGCCCGUCGUCGUCGUGCAAUGUGCCCGUCCUCCGUGAUCUCGUCAACAGACUGCCGGACGGUAGCAAGGGAAAGAAAUGGUACCUCAAGUUCCUGUUCGACUCCUACUUGGAUAACAGUGGCGGCAGGACAAUGUGGUGCCCUGCCCCAAAAUGUGGUCUUGCCAUCAUGUUUGACGACGACCGCAUCGGGGUUGCAAUGGACGUGGUCUGCAGCUGCGGCCACAGAUUCUGCUCCAGGUGCCACAGCUCCCCGCACAAGCCGAAGCCAUGCAUGCAUGCGCGCCUAGAGGCCACCAGGCCAUGAGGCGCGCGCACCAUGCACGUCCAACAAGUUUCAAUUCAUGCAUAUCCUGCUACCAAUGUGAGACCUAAGUUUUAUAUAUAUAUACUUCUUAUAUGUAAUUACAAUAAGGCGAUUGCAUGCAUGGAGUCUAGCUGGUCGGUUCGGCCUCGGCAUGCAUAUGCAUGGAAUGCGUGUGGCUAUUUCCUCUGUAUUAUCUCCUUUAAUUUCAGUAGCAAGAAGAUUAAACAGAAAAUUGCUGCGGGCAGUUC